AUGUGCUCAUGUCCGCAGGGAGAUACUGGAUACCCCUGUAAACAUCAAAUUUAUGUAGCGCAAGAUUUAAAUUUAAAUUUGAGUGUUUGUUUACCGACUACUGAAGAAUUUAGGAAAAAACUCCACACAAUAGCUUCUGGAAGUUCAGACAUUGAGAAUGGUUGGUAUGGCUCGGUUAAUGAUAAUGACUGUCAAACAAAGGUAGAUUUAGUUCCUUUAAAUACAGAAAACACAGUGGAUAAUAAAAUAAAAAAUGCGGCAAUAAUUACUACACACAAUGAAUUUGGAGUUACUGAAUUAUUAGAAUCAGCCAACAACGAUUUUGACAAAGCUUAUGAUUCUUUCAAUGAAGUCAUUGAAAAAAUGAAACAGUCAAUUCUAUCUGACAAAACAUACUUCUUACCAUCUAUGAAUGCAUUUGUAAAUUCAUACAAUAAAAGUGUCAAAACCGAUGCUAGUCUUUCUUCUGCAUUGUCAACAUUCGGUAGGUAUUCUGGUUUAGAUGUAAGUUCAAAAAAACCUAAAUUAGCAGGCAAUAAACAAAUUGGAACACAGCCAACUGCAAGAUCAAGAAGAAAAACACAAAUUAAAGGACGAAAAAAUUUAACUGCAGGAAGAACUCCUAAAUGGAAAAAAGCUCCAGAACAUGGGUAUGUAAAAGGGCAAAUAAUAUCAAGUGGAUUACCCAAAGUCAAACGCAAAUCGAAAGCACCACAUUCCUUGGCAUAUUGUGUUGAAAAUAAUAAAGCAUUAGGAGGUACACACAGUUCAAAAUAG